AUGUUCGAGUUGGAUUGCAGGCAAACGGCGAAGCCAGAUAAUACCAGUUUCGACUACAAUAACAUAGGACAUAAGGUCGCCAAUAGGCUCCACCCACGCGGACGGCUAUCACUGACUGUGACAGAGAGAAGUGAUACAGUAGCUACUGGUAACUGCAUAGCACUGUCACCUGUAAGUGAAUUGGUCCCUCGUGGAAAAUGGAUAUCCGUUUCCUGUACAUCGCCAUUGCCGUUUAUCUGCAAAAGAGAAGCUGACUGCUCCAAGCCUACAACUCCAACACCUGUGACCCUAGCUCCCUCAACAUGCGACGCUCCUUAUUAUUUUACGGAGCAGAACAGAACCUUUUACUCGCCUGGUUUUCCGAACUCCUAUCGUAGCUGCAAAGCAUGUUACUAUAUUCUCACAGUCGAACAAAAAAUAGUAGGGAAGUUCCAAAAAGUAGUACAGAUCCACUUUGAUUAUCUCCAACUCAGCCAAGGCAGCAGCAUCAAACUAUUUUACUCGAUCAGUGAUUCUACACCAUUCAUGAAUAUAACAACAAAUGUCUCAUCUUCUCUAUACUUCAACUCAGCGUCAAAUGUGAUGAAGGUGAUCUUUGUAACUGGAAGUGAUGGUGAUGGUAUUAACAAAUGGAAAGCGAGUUUUUCUCCAUACGACAAGGUGAUAACAACUUCGCCCAUGGUCACCAUCAUGCAGUCACCAACCAACCCUAGUGGUUGCAACCAAAAUUCUGUUGUAGCUAUCAAUAUACUGACUCUACUCACUCCAACAAUGACCACUUUAAUUUCUGUUUUCAGAUUUAGCGGACAGAUAGCAGCUGGCAACAAGACAUUCACUUCAACUUUCAAUGAGAUGAUUGUGGACUUUAACUCCGAUUCAAUUGGAGAAAAGGGUGGAUUUUCAGCUGUGGCUAUAGCUGUCGUGUAG